AUGUUCGACGAUCUGCAAUUGAUCCACAUGAGUGUGCGAAUCUUACGCUUUUGGUCACUUAUCUAUGAACACACCUGGCGACGUUAUGUUUGCCUGUCGAUGACGACCUUCUUGGUUUUCACACAGCUUUACUAUAUGUUCCGCACCAGUGAAGGUAUCGACUCCAUCAUAAGGAAUUCGUACAUGUUGGUUUUAUGGUUCAAUACCAUACUUCGGGCGUACCUAUUGCUGUACGAUCGGGAAAAGUACGAAAAGCUGUUGAGCGAUUUGGAAGCAUUUUACUACGACUUGAAGCAUUCAAAGGAUUCGUAUAUACAGGACCUAUUGGUGGAAGUCAACACGACAGGCAAAUAUAUGGCACGGGGCAAUCUCUUCCUUGGGCUACUCACCUGCUUUGGCUUUGGCUUCUAUCCACUCUUUGCCACGGAAAGAGUUUUGCCCUUUGGAAGCAUGAUUCCGGGCGUUGAGGAAUACAAAAGCCCGUUCUACGAGUUCUGGUAUAUCUAUCAAAUGGUAAUCACGCCCAUGGGCUGUUGCAUGUACAUUCCCUAYACAAGUUUGAUAGUGGCUUUCAUCAUGUUUGGCAUUGUGAUGUGCAAGGCACUGCAGUUUCGGCUGAAGACGUUGCACAGCGUGCGUCACAUUGAAUCCCUCAUUCAUAAAGACGUUCGGGAAUGCAUACGCUAUCAACUGUCCAUUAUUGAUUACAUUGCGCGCGUAAAUGCUUUGACRACUUACAUAUUUCUCUUGGAAUUUUUAGCCUUCGGCACACUGCUAUGCGCCUUAUUGUUCCUGCUAAUCAUUGUUGACUCCUCGGCUCAGGCGAUUAUAGUUUGCGCUUAUAUUGCCAUGAUAUUUGCACAGAUCUUAUCGUUGUAUUGGUAUGCGAACGAACUGCGUGAGCAGAAUCUYGCUAUCGCAGCCGCCGCCUACGAUACUGAAUGGUUCACAUUUCCGAUACCCGUGCAAAAAUAUAUUCUUUUGAUGAUCUUGCGCGCACAAAAGCCACCAGCGAUAAUGGUGGGCAAUACUCAACCGAUUUCGCUGGAGCUGUUUCAAUCUUUGCUGAAUGCCUCCUAUACUUACUUCACUUUGCUAAAGCGAGUUUACACUUAAAUUAGGACCAAAAGCAAAGUGGGAAAAGKUAAAGGAAUAAAAAAUGUGGUUUCAAACAUUUCUGUUAAGGGUAUUMAAAAGCAUUUUUCUAAUUUGGCUUGUGUUUUCACUUUUAUUUCCAAUUCAUCUCACCUUAAAUAGAUUUCAUCAUUUUAACAACGUUUACUUUACUUGUAUUUCUGAUAAAUAAAGAUAUAUGAAUACAUUAA